CGACACUUAAAAUGGCUGCCUCCGUGAGAUUAGCGUGCCGUUUCAGUGCCGGGACGGCUACUUAGAGUUUCCACCCGCCGACUUCAAGGAGUUUAUGAAGCGGUAGUAGCCCUAACUAGUCUGCUCUGUGGUAGACGGAGAAGAUUCCAAGAAGGAGCGGGGCGGAACGUGAGGCACGCAUAAAUAUGAGAGGUAGAGUGGAGAAAAGCAGGAGCUAGUAGGAGGUUGGAGUAGGACUUGAUACUCUGAAGGUGUAGGCAGAGGGCGGAUGAUCAAAACUGUAGCGGGUCCUGCUUGUGCAUUGUACAGGUACAAUUUGGAGACAGCCAGGUAGCAGCAAGGGCCGCAUUGGUGACUUUGGCUUCUUGGAAGUGAUGAUGCGCCCCGUGUUGCUGUCGCCUUGUGCUAAAAGUUGCUCCCGGAUACUUGCCCGCUUCUGGGCCGAAGGAGGGGGAAAGCCCGGGCGGCGGCAACGCCUCUUCUUUGCCUCUCCGUCGCCUUCUUCGGCUUCCCAUUGGAGCAAAGUGGUUUCGGAGGCCGAGAAGAUUGUGGGCUACCCGACCUCUUUCAUGAGCCUCCGGUGCCUCCUGAGCGACGAGCUGAGCAACAUCGCCAUGCAGGUGCGCAAAUUGGUGGGAACCAAGCACCCAUUGCUUGAUACGGCCAGGGGCUUUGUGUCUGAUAGCAGAAACAAUUUGCAGAUGAGAGGCCUGGUGAUUUUACUUGUGUCUAAGGCUGCUGGCCCCAACUUAUCAACAGAAAGCUCCAUUCAGAAUGACAUUGUCAGUGGGAUAUAUUCCAG